AUGACCGCUUUUUUGCAAAGGAGGGCAUGUGCUCUUUGGAAAUCAAACGACGCAGUGAGCCACAACGUUCCAGCUGGAACUCAUCUUAUUGAGGUCUCCUCGAUUGGUUACUUCUUUUCCCCAGUUCGAGUAGAUAUCAGUGCAAGGAAUCCUGGUUAUAUUCAAGCAGCAUUGACUGAAACCAGAAGAGUCCUAAAUGAGCUUGUUCUGGAACCUCUGAAAGAAGAGCAGUACUAUGAGGUUAGGGAGCCUUUCUCCGUCAUGUCACUUUUGAAGAGCCCCAUGGGGUUGAUGGUUGGUUUUAUGGUCUUAAUGGUCUUCGUGAUGCCCAAGCUGAUGGAGAACAUAGUUAUCAUUAAUGCUGGAAGUACAGUUGCACUUCAGUUUCAUAGUUUUCUUCAGCAUUUGAAAUGCUAA